AUGGUUAUGAGACAUCUCCAUUACAAUGGAACUAUGUUUGGCCUUAUUGGUGGAAUAGCAGCAAGCACAUCUGCUAUCAUGGAGCUUCAAGCAGCGUACAUGGCGCCACCAUGUUAUGUUCAAUGGUUAACUACUGGACUCAGUGUGCCGCCUACUGUUGCUGCAUCCGUUCGAUGUUGUGGUCACUUCAUGAAUAUCACAGUUAAAGACGUAGAUCCGUCCAGUUUUUGCCUUUUAGGAGAAUAUGCAUAA